AUGAACGAGUUUACGGAUGAUAGGAGCCGACUAGAGCAGCUAAAGGCGGCAGCGGAGGCGCAAAUGCGGCGGCCAGCCCCGGCCAUCGGUGGCGUGCCGGCGGCUAAGCGACAGCGCACUGAUGACGCUGCUGCAGAGCAGGAGGCGGCCGUGCGCGUCGCGCGCUACAACUACUCAGCGCCAGACACGCUGCUGGGCGGAGGCGCGGUUGGCUUGGUGAUCACCUGCAGCAUGCAAAGGCAGAUGAGCGCCACGAAAGAGGGUGUUGAACUCAUCAAGCGCAAACUAGCCGCGGGCGCUGUGUGCAGCCUGGUCAAGGUCGGGUGCCGUGGCGUUGUGUUGGUACUCGUGCAGCACGCGCAGCAGAAGCAGCAGGCAAAGGAGCAGCAGAAACAGCAGCCGCAAGAGCAGCAGGAGCAGCAGGAGCAGCAGCCGCAACAGCAGCAGGAGCAGCAACAGGAGCAGCACGGGCAGCAACAGGAGCAGCAGGAGCAGCAACAGGAGCAGCAGGAGCAGCAACAGGAGCAGCAGGAGCAGCAGCAACAGCAGCAGUUGCAGACUGAAGGCGAGGAGGGCGAGCAGAAGCAGCCCGAAAAGAAGGAUCGCCAGCAGUUGCAGUCAGGGGAGGCGACAGACGAUGCUCAGCAGCACAAACACGAACGGGACGCUGCGGCAGGCGGGCUCAUCAACAUGGUCGACGUGGCGGCAUCCAUUCUGGCGGAUGUGGAGUCAGGCGCCACGCCGCAUGCCAGGUUUGUGCAGCGCAUCAUUCCCGCACAACGCACGUGCGCCCUUGAGGCAGGCGCGCUGCGCUCUGCAGCAGAGGCGGUCUGCAGAGAGUACUUGGCGCAGGGCAACGAGCCAGAGGGUGCGGCGAUUGACUUUGCAGUUGCAUUCAAAAACCGCGCCUUUGAGGGCGGUGCGGGCCCGGAGUCUGGAGGCGGCAGCUCGGCAGCAGCAGCGCAGCCCAAGCCGGCGGCGACGCCCCCAUCCACAGCACAGCAGCAGGGCGGCGCCAGCAUAACAGCAGAGGGGCCGGAGCAGCCACCGCAGCCGGGGCACAUACAGCAGCAGCAGGAGGCAGGGCAGUCGGAGCAGCCUCACAGCACGACGCCAGACCAGCAGCAGAAGCAGCAGCAGCAGCAGCCGUCGGGCGUGCCCCUGCAGCGCAACGAGGCAAUCGCUAUCCUCGCCAACGCCAUGAUUGCCGCGAGCGGCGGGCGCGUACGCGUCAACUUGAAGUCCCCCACAGUGACGGUCAUUACGGAGGUCGUGCCAGUGUCUUUCUCAGGGCGGCGGCAGCUGAUCGCGGCGCUGGCGGUAGCGCCGACGGCGCGGCUGGUGUCUGUGAAGCCCAAAGGCCUGCAGGACCACGACAAUAAGGCACAUCCUUCGUUACUGCACUACCGGUUGUUGGUGCCUGUCAAGAAGGCGGGGGCCGUGAUCGGCAAGGGCGGCGAGUUUAUCACGAAGAUCAAGGACCUCUCGCGCUCCAAGCUGAGCGUGGACAAACCGCUGGGGGACUUUGAGGAGCGAGUAAUUCAUGUGGAGUCGCCAGACACGCCCGACCGACCGCGUGCCCCGGCCCAGGAGGCCCUCCUCAUGGUGCUGGACCGCGUGGUCGGCGACGAGCAGCCCGACGGCAGCGUCAAGCCGCCGGAUUCCGCGUCCGCGCGCCUGCUGGUGCGCAAGUAUGAGAUAGGCAGCGUUCUGGGCCUCAGGGGGGUCGUCAUCAACGAGAUCCGCACCCAGACGGGCGCGAGCGUCAAGAUCGAGGACAAUGCCGGCGACGCGGGCAUGCCCAUUGCACUGCCAGAUGACCAGCUGGUCAAGCACGGCUACGGCGGCCCCCCGCCGCCGCGCGACCCCUACGGGGCGCCGCCGCUCGGCGGCGACUACGGCCGUGGCCCGCCGCCGCCCAACGGUAUCCCUAUGGGCGGCCCGCGGCCCAUGGCGGCCCCCUCCAUGGCCGUGCCCCCGAUGGGCGCCCCGCCGCCGUACGACGGGCCCCCCACAGCGCCCGGCGGCCCGCCCGGCGGCGCUCCCGGCGGCGGCGGCGGCGGCGGCGUGGGCAUGCUGGCGGUGCUGCCGCCGGCGGCGCGGGUCGUGUUUGCGGACAACCCGUCGGUCGACACGCGCGGGCUGGAAGGCAUGGCGACUGUGGAGUACCGAGUGCUGGUGCCCACAAGGAAGGGCGGCGUCAUCAUCGGGGAGCGCGGCUCGGUGAUUCGCCACAUCCGCGACCGGUUUGGCGCCAAGCUCAACCUGCCGGAGGCGCUCUCUGGCGCCCAGGAGCGCGUGCUGCAGAUCAUGUCAACAGAGGACGUCCGCGACCCGCGCUGCGACGCGCUGGAGGCGGCCAUGUACUGCGCGGACCUGCUCCUCCACGACAGGGGCCACGAGAGGUGGGCCCCCCCUGCCCGCCGCAGCCGGGCGCGGCUGGGCAUGGCUGGCUGGGCGCGGAGCGGGGCCGCCGCGGCUGCGGGCCCUCAGGGAUGA